UUUCCAUUCUGUCGGCGCUGUCUCUGACUGAUACGGUUGAUUUGAAGUAAGAGGGAAGGACGGUAGCUGGCAGCAUUUCUGGGAAUUUCAUGUUACUAGUUCUGUGCGGAAAGGUUUCGCAAUCAAUCGUGUAAACUAUCUUAGAAAGUACAUUUGCUUAACUUCAGAACAAUUAAAGUAAUCAUAUUGCACCGUAUAGUCUUCGCUAGCGCAAACACAAAAUAUAGACACCAUGCCUGAAAGGAGGCCCUUCAUACGUUUGCCCACAGACGUCUACCCAGUCAACUACGGGUUGUGCUUGAAGCCCGACCUCAUCGACUUCACGUUUGAGGGCAAGCUGGAGGCGGUGGUGGAGGUUAUUCAAGCCACAAAUCAAAUUGUGAUGAACUGUGCUGACAUUGACAUUAUCACUGCAUCCUUUGCACCAGAGGGAGGGGAAGGUGAGGAAAUUAAUGCUACAGGAUUCAACUAUCAAAAUGAGGAUGAGAAGGUCACACUUUCAUUCCCUAGUGCUCUUCAGAAAGGAUCUGGUACGUUGAAGAUUGACUUUGUUGGAGAGUUGAAUGACAAAAUGAAAGGAUUCUACCGAAGUAAAUAUGCAAGUCCUGCAGGAGAAAUACGCUAUGCUGCUGUCACUCAGUUUGAGGCCACAGAUGCUCGCAGGGCCUUCCCCUGUUGGGAUGAGCCAGCUAUUAAAGCAACCUUUGACAUCAUCUUGAUAGUUCCUAAGGACCGAGUAGCCUUGUCAAAUAUGAAUGUCAUUGAUCAAAAGCCAUAUCCAGAUGAUGACAGCCUCGUUGAAGUGAAGUUUGCCACCACUCCCAUCAUGUCCACGUACCUUGUAGCAUUUGUUAUUGGUGAAUAUGACUUUGUAGAAAGCCAAUCGGCGGAUGGCAUAACUGUACGUGUCUACACACCAAUUGGCAAAGCAGAACAAGGAAAAUUUGCACUUGAGGUUGCAACAAAGACUUUACCCUUCUACAAAGACUACUUCAGUGUACCUUAUCCAUUACCUAAAAUUGACCUAAUAGCCAUUGCUGAUUUUGCUGCUGGUGCCAUGGAAAACUGGGGCCUUGUUACCUACAGAGAGACUGCACUGCUUAUUGACCCAAAGAACUCGUGCUCAUCUUCUCGGCAGUGGGUGGCCCUAGUGGUGGGACAUGAGCUGGCCCACCAGUGGUUUGGAAACCUGGUCACUAUGGAAUGGUGGACUCAUUUGUGGCUUAAUGAGGGAUUUGCGUCCUGGAUCGAGUACCUCUGUGUUGACCACUGCUUUCCUGAAUACGACAUUUGGACGCAGUUUGUUUCAGCGGACUACACUAGGGCCCUGGAUCUAGAUGCGCUGGACAACAGCCAUCCUAUAGAGGUAAAUGUUGGCCAUCCAUCGGAGGUGGAUGAAAUCUUUGAUGCCAUAUCCUACAGUAAAGGAGCAUCCGUGAUUCGUAUGCUGCACAACUACAUUGGAGAUGAUGAUUUUAGGAAAGGAAUGAAUGCCUAUCUUUUGAAAUUUCAACAUAAAAAUGCAUCCACAGAGGACUUAUGGUACUGUCUGGAACAGGCCAGUGGGAAACCUAUUGCUGCUGUAAUGGGCUCCUGGACCAAACAGAUGGGAUUUCCUAUUAUAGAAGUGGAUCAGGAACAGCAAGGAAAUGACCGCAUCCUUAAGAUAUCCCAAAAGAAAUUCUGCGCUAGUGGACCUUAUAAUGGUGAAGACUGCCCCAGUUGGAUGGUCCCCAUCAGUAUCUGUACGAGUGAGGAUCCCAGUUGCACUAAACUCGAGGUUCUGCUGGAAAUUCCAGAGACCACUAUCACCAUCCAUAACAUCCAACCCGACCAGUGGGUCAAGAUUAAUCCAGGUACAGUGGGAUUCUAUCGUAUCCAGUACAGCUCAUCCAUGCUUGAAAGCCUGCUACCUGGUAUCAGAGACCUCACCUUGCUCCCUGUAGACCGGCUGGGUUUGCAGAAUGAUCUCUUCUCCCUGUCACGUGCUGGCAUGAUAAGCACAGUAGAGGUCCUAAAACUAAUGGAGGCCUUUGUGAAUGAGCCCAACUACACCGUGUGGAGUGACCUGAGCUGCAACCUGGGGGUGCUCUCCUCCCUCCUCUCUCAUACAGACUUCCAUGAGGAGAUCCAAGAGUUCAUCCGUGAUCUCUUUACUCCCAUCGGUCUUAAACUAGGCUGGGACAGCAACCAAGGUGAAGGCCAUCUAGACGCCUUGUUAAGGGGUCUGGUGCUGGGGAAGCUGGGCAAAGCAGGCCACAAACCUACUUUGGACGAGGCCCGGCGGAGGUUCAAGGAUCAUGUGGAAGGCAAGCAGAUCCUCUCAGCGGACCUCAGGAGCCCAGUGUAUUUAACAGUGCUAAAGCAUGGAGACAGUGCCACAUUGGACACAAUGUUAAAGCUUCACAAGCAGGCAGACAUGCAGGAGGAGAAAAACCGCAUAGAGAGAGUGCUGGGAGCCAUUUCAGCUCCUGACCUCAUCCAGAAGGUCCUCACCUUUGCUCUCUCGGAGGAAGUGCGUCCUCAGGACACAGUUUCUGUUAUUGGGGGUGUCGCUGGGAGCAGUAAACACGGACGGAAAGCUGCUUGGAAGUUUGUCAAGGAUAACUGGCAGGAGCUUCACAACCGUUACCAGGGUGGCUUUCUCAUAUCACGGCUUAUCAAGCUCUCUGUGGAUGGAUUUGCCAUUGACAAGAUAGCUGCUGAAGUGAAGAGUUUCUUUGAGAGUCACCAUGCUCCAGCAGCAGAGCGCACAGUACAGCAGUGCUGCGAGAACAUUCUCCUCAAUGCUGCCUGGUUAAAGCGUGAUGCUGACGACAUCCACCAGUAUCUACUGCAGCGGAAAGGGGCCCCAGUCUGAACUCCUGUUCCCACCAUUUCCCUCCUUCUCUUCCCCUACUCAGCACCAAGUUAUCCCAUAGCGCCAGCCCCGGCAACCCAGAGAGGGAAUGCCAGCUCAUUAAAAGCAGGUUAUAUUUUUCAGAAAAAAAACAUCAAGCCAAUAACUUCACUAGGCAUUGGAAACUUAAAGCUUAACAACAGAGCUGACUUGUGUCAGUCUAUCAAGGAAUGUAUUUACCCCCAUUCUGCCCUUAGGAAACAAUACAUGUGCAAGAAUAGUUACUGGAAGACCUACUGUAUAUGUAAGAGGGGUAUACAUACUCCCUUUACAACACUCCUAUACAAUUACAGACACUUGUGCACACACAGCUUAGUUGUAGUUUGUAAAUUGUGAAUUUCAGUUUUGAUCAUAUCUUUGCUAUCACUCAUUCUAAAGCAUAUAGUAUAGUAUAUCCUGUGUUGCUUUUUUGUUGUGUUCAUGUAUUAUUAUAUACGAGUUAAAAAAAAAUCCCUCCUUUCAAAAAAUGUUUGAUUGUAUAAGAGUCAAUGGUACCAGGGCAGAAUGGGGUUGAUAAUAGUACGUUGUAUUAUUAUAAUACUUUUUCUGGCAGUUAUAAACUUGUGGCAAUGGCACUGAUUAUUCAUCUCGACUAAACGGUUAGGAAAAACAUUGGUAGCAUGGUACUGUAUUGUAUGCUGUAUAAUACAAGCAUUUUUGCUUGGGACUCUAGCGAUAUUAAUGGUUAAACUAACCAGCAUCCCACUCCUCUUCAUUAAUCACCCUGUCCUAGCAUUUAAUUUAUAUUACCACAACCCCCCCCAAACAGUCGCUUUGUCAAUGAGAGGAUACAACAAAACCGGCAUAUACAAAAGUUUCUUCUGUAAAAAGAAAUGUUGACAUUUGGUUUCAUAAGAUAUAGAGUAAAUGAUUAUUAAAAUGUUAGCAUUUUAAACCUAGCAUUCUGAAAAGAGUACAAGAGUACAAACACUGCUUGUUGGCCAAUAGUCUGAUAUUAUGUUGCUUGAUACCCAUUUAGGAUUUUUGCUAAACAGUCCAUCUUUUGCCUAGUUUGGACUUUGUUUGAGGUGACAGCCUAUUUCUCACUCAGCUAUUGAUUUCUGAAGCCUUAAAUUGGUCAAGUGGUUUGCAAUAAUUAUUACACUUAAGUGAUUUUAGUGAGUCCACUGCAAAGUAUGUAUUGUUUCUAAUAUGACAGAUCUUCACGUAGACUUGUUGAACGAGUAUAUCUAUAUAUAGAAUUUACAACUGAUGUGGCAUUGAAAACUAACCGGAAAAGAUUGUCCAGUUAAUUGUCAGACUCUUUCCAUGGAACAUCUUUUGUGCUUUUUGUUUAAAGAUAUAGUUGGUGUUCAUUAAAAUGAAAAAAUGAUGAUAAAACAAACAAUGUGAAAUUACUACAGUUGAUUUUGAGUGAGGUGUGAGUGUGCAUGCCUGGAAACACGUUUGUUAUUGAACAAUUCUUAAUCCAGUGUAAUAUCUUUUAAAUGAUCUUACACAGAUUAUAGGUAGGAACAUGAUAAUUAAUGGAUUACAAAUGGUUCUAGAGAACUUUAAUAUGGACACUGUACAUAACAAUUAAAAUAUACAUAUUGAGAAUAAAAUAUUACGUAGAUGAUGGGAAGAAGUCUUUACAUUAUAUUUCAGGUUAGAAAUUUGCGGUGUGGGCUUUUUGUGCGCCCAAAAAAAAGGGGGUUUGGGGAAGUGUUACUCUUUUCAUAUUGUUAAUAUCAAUUCUUCAAACAAUGUGUAAUUGACUGAUUUGCAAAAUAGGAGAGCAUUGCUGGCAGGACAGCUGUGACAGUGUUGCCAAAGAUAAGAUGCAGUACAAUAAAGUAACAAUAUCAA